AAGACAGGUUCUCUCGAGCCGCCAAGCUGGAGUUGGAUCUGGAACUCCGUGGGACCGGGUCCCCGGCUGCUGGGAACCCGCUUCUCCAGGAUGAGGUCCCGGCGGAGAAUGAACCGGAGGCUGUGGCAGGCUCCCGGCGGUGCGGCGGGGGCGGGAGCCCUCUGCGCUGGUUCAUCACCGUGAUCCUGUGUGCCGCCUUCCUGGGGCUGGGAUUGAGUGUCUCUAUCCUGGGACCCACAUUUCCAGAUUUGGCAGCAAAUGUAAACCGUAACAUCAGCAGUCUUUCUCUGAUUUUUGUGGGCCGUGCUUUUGGAUAUUUGAGUGGCUCUGUGAUCGGUGGAAUUCUUUUUGACGCUAUGAAUCAUUUUUUACUUUUGGGGCUGUCGUUGCUGGCCACCACCGUGGGCCUUUACCUCGUGCCGCUUUGUAAGACGGCAGUGCUGCUGGUUGUCAUGAUGGCCGUCUUCGGUGUUUCGAUUGGCAUUCUGGAUACAGGUGGUAACGUCUUAAUCUUGGCUAUUUGGGGCGACUCAGGAGCCCCACACAUGCAGGCCUUACACUUCAGUUUUGCCUUGGGGGCCUUUUUGGCUCCCCUGCUGGCUAAAGUGGCUCUGGGCGCGCCGGAGGCGGCUGGAAACCACACCGAGGCCAAGGCCGACGCUAACCGCUCGUCUCUCAGCCAGUCACCUGGAGCUGACUCGGAAUCUCUGUUCGGAGUACCUGACAAUAUGCAUUUGCUUUGGGCGUAUGUUAUUAUCGGUACUUACAUUUUUGUAGUUUGCCUCUUUCUGUUUGCUCUGUUUUUUAAGAAAAGCUCACAGCAGGAAAAAGUGAAAGCAUCUGCCCAGAGGUCCCGAAGAGCUAAAUAUCACAACGUCCUUCUUUGUCUCCUUUUUGUGUUCUUCUUCUUUUAUGUCGGAGCCGAGGUCACUUAUGGCUCUUACGUUUUCUCGUUUGCAGUCACCCAUGCCGGCAUGGCCGAGAGUGAAGCGGCUGGGCUGAACUCCAUAUUCUGGGGGUCCUUUGCAGCCUGCAGGGGCCUGGCCAUCUUUUUUGCCACGUGUUUACAACCUGGAACGAUGAUUGUGUUGAGCAAUAUUGGCAGCCUGGCGUCAUCUUUAUUUCUGGUGAUUUUUAACAAGAAUGCGACUUGUCUGUGGGUCGCAAGUUCAGUGUAUGGGGCCUCGAUGGCGACCACGUUCCCCAGCGGUAUUUCUUGGGUUGAGCAGUACACGACCAUCCACGGGAAAGCAGCGGCGUUUUUUGUAGUCGGUGCUGCCCUGGGGGAAAUGGCUAUUCCUGCAGUCAUUGGCAUUCUUCAAGGAAAAUAUCCCGAUCUACCUGUAGUUUUGUACACCUCUUUGGGGGCGGCAGUAGCUACUGCUGUUUUGUUUCCUGUGAUGUAUAAGUUAGCCACCUCACCGCUCAGUCGUCAGCGAAAAGAGCACAGAAAAAGUGAGGACCAGAAAGCUUUGCUCCCAAGCUCUGGGCUAAAUGACUAUGAGGAAGGGAAUGAAGAUGAUGAUGCAGAAAAAUGGAAUGAAAUGGAUUUUGAAGUGAUUGAAAUGAAUGACACAAUGAGGAAUUCUGUAAUAGAGACAUCUAGAAAUAUUCUGAUGGAGCCCACAGCGGAAAUCUCCAGCCAGUUCCAGUCACAUGCAUUAGUGUGUGAGUUCUCUCCGGUUAAUACUGGCAAGUGCCCUGUGGAUCAGCUUCAAGAAACCAGGACAAAAGGGACUAGCACUGAGAGGAGAUGGAUAAUUCACUGACUUUUUGAAUAACUGCCAGUUCUCAAGAAGCCAGCCAGAGCAGGGCAUUAGCAGAUUUUCAGCACACUUUGGGGGUCGAAAUGUCUAGGGCAGAGUGUAGCACACGCUAGAAGGUUUUGAUAUGUUCUGUAAUUCCCAGCAUCUUCCAUGAAGAACCAGUGGUCUCGUGCAGCAGGAUCUUGCAAGGCUGGUGUUUGGCAUGUGGCUGAUGAGGUAAUAUUUUACUGUCUUCCCCUCUCAGAGCAUGCAAAGAAGAUUGAUUAGUUGAACAAGUUAUCAAUCAUCAGUAUUCUACCAGGAAAGUGGAAGAGAGUCAUUGCAUAGAAUAGCCUCUUUGAACCUGGACAGAGAUUGUGUUUACUUAUUUUACCCUGCCUGUACUGUUGGGCCGCAGAGUGCUGAUGCCUCAUGUGAUUCGAUUCCCGUGAAGAGAACACAGAACAAGGCCCUACAGACAUGGCUUCAAGCCUUGACUGCCGCUUCCUGGCCUUCUGGCCCUGCACGCGGUCGCUCACCUGGCCUAGGCCUCCUUUACCUCAUCUGUCGAUCUGGGAUUCCGUAAGUGAAAAUAAGACAGUUUUCAAACUAGGAAUCCGUAAGUUUUAAAAUUUGUGUAAGGUAUCUGCUAGAAAUUAGUGUAAGUGCCACUCCACUCUUCAUUUCCAAGGAGAAGUGAAAUAAAAUCCAUAGCUUCAGGAAUGUGCUGCUGAUUAUAAAUACAUGUGAGUUUAAGAAACUCAGUGUUUACUACUUUAUUUGAAUAAUUACCUGAGGAAUAAAUUUUUUAAGUUCUGAAUUUCAUUGAUUCAAAAAUUCACCUUUUUUCCCACAUUUUUAACAUCUCUGAAAUCAGAAUAUAUCUUAAAAUCAAUGAUCAUUUAACAUCGUGACAAACUUAAUUGAAAGUUCUUUUCCAUAUAUAUAUAAUGUUGCAUUUUACAAUCAGUGUCUUAGAUUCUGUGGAAUAUAGUAUUUCAUUCAAUUAUAGAGAUUAUUUUUAGCCAUUUUAAAAGGAAAAGUUUUUUUUAUAUGCUAAUGUCCUCGAUGCUCAAAUAAGAUUUGGAAAUGCUGUGUUCCAAAUCCAUAUUUUGGAACUGCUGCGUUAGUAGCAGGACUGUGUUCAGGGUCUCUUGAGGUCCUUUGCCUACCUCAGUGGCAGAGCCUGGGUCUGAGCCUUGCUGUUGCAGAAUCUCCCCCUCAUUGAGUCCCAUUGUAAGCACUGAGACCAGGCUGUUAGCUUCAUGGACAAUUAGGCACAGUUUCUAGUGAUUGGAAUACUUGCAUCCCUCAUGCAGGGCUCCUCCUUCGUGAGUCUGAAAUACCAAGGAAACCAAAGUUAUGGUGAGAGGCGUCUUGGUGGCCUAGGAGUCAGGGGUCACAAAGAGUGCUUCCUGCGAAGGUGGCAGAGCUGGUGCGGGCGACCCUUUGAAAAAUGACUAGCAUUGAUGACAGGUUUUGUUCACAUCUCUUUACCACGUUUUAUGCUGAAUAACAUGGAAAUUCUACCUUAUUGCAGUGUGUCUCCUUUUUCUCCUUAAAUAUGUAAAUUUGCCUUUGUUUUUUUUUUUAUUUAAGUGCAUUACAGUGCUUUUAUUGAUCACUGCCCAUUUGCUUUAUAAACCUGCCAGUGCACUAGUUCAUGUUAAUGAUCUAACGGGUUUGGAGAGGGCUGGGGGAUAAAUUAACAGUGAAAA